ACUGCAAACGCGGAAGCGGGUUGUGUGGAGAGAAAGUCUCAGUGAGGGUUGACUUCUCAAGACUCAUCUUACCUGAGAAACAAGUUUGGAGGAAUAAGAGAUUAAGAGGUGUCCAAAAUGACUCUUUCCCAGGUACUGUUGACAUUCAGGGAUGUGGCCAUAGAAUUCUCUCAGGAGGAGUGGGACUAUUUGGACCCUGCUCAAAGGACUUUGUACAGGGAUGUGAUGUUGGAGAACUACAGGAACCUGCUCUCCCUCGCAGGAAUCUCUCCUUCUGAGAUAAAUAUUGUCUCCAUUUUGAAGAAAGGGACAGAGCCCUGGACUGUGGAGAAGACAGCGAAACUAGCAGAAAACCCAGAUGUCAUUUCUACAUGUGUGAUCAAGGAAUUAUCAGCAAAAGAGAUCAUUGAUAAAGGAGAAUCAUUCCAGAGAGUGAUGUUAGAAAGAAAUGAAAGUCAUGACAUCGAGGAUUUUCUCUUCAGGCAAGUUAGGGAAAAUAUGCAUGAAUUUGAGAGUCAGUGGGGAAAAGAUGAAAGAAAUAACAAAGGAGUGACUACAGCCCAUAACAAAAUUUUCACUGGUAGAAGAGAUCACCGUGUCGAAAGGGAUGCAGGAAACAAGUAUAUGACAUGUUUUAAAAAUACAAUUAAAUUAAGAUUUCAGUCCCAUAUAGCUGAAAUGCAGAAAUUUCAAACUGGAGAGAAAAUGUAUAAAUGUCAUCAAGUGGAGACGUCUGUCGGCAAUGGAUCUUCAAUUCCAUCCCUUCAAAGAAUUCUUCCUAGUGUCCAAAGCAACAUUCCCAAUGCACACAGGGAGGUUUUCAUGCCUCCUUCAUUGUUUCUACAACACCGGAAAACCCACAGGAGAGAAAAACUUUACAAAUGUAAUGAAUGUGGGAAGUCGUUCCGGCAGAGGUCAAUCUUUGCUAAUCAUCAGAGAAUUUAUUGUGUGCAGAGAUCUUUUAAAGGUAACGAGGGUGGCGAAACCACUGACUGUGGCUCAAACCUCACUAAACAUCAUGGAAUCCAUACCAGAGAGAAAGCAUAUAAAUGUAAUAUAUGUGGCAAGGUAUUUAGCCUACAUUUAAGCCUUAGAACUCAUCAGAGAUUUCAUAUUGGAAAGAAACCUUACAAAUGUAAUGAAUGUGGUAAGGAAUUUAGGAGACGUUCAUACCUGUGGGGUCAUAAGAGAAUUCAUAGUGGAGAGAAAACUUUCAAAUGUAAUGAGUGUGGCAAAACUUUUAACUGUGACUCACACCUCAUUACGCAUCAGAGAAUACAUAAUGGAGAGAAGCCACAUAGGUGUAAUAUAUGUGGCAAGGUCUUUAGUCUAAGUUCAAGCCUUAAAAUACAUCAGAGAAUUCAUAGUGGAGAGAGACUUCACAAAUGUAUUGAAUGCGGUAAGGCUUUUUCCCAAAGAUCAAACCUUGUGAAACAUCAACAGAUACACAGUGGAGAGAAACCUUACCAAUGUAAUGAAUGCAGUAAAGCAUUUACCCGAAAAUUAAGUCUUGUUGAACAUCAGCGAGUUCACAGUGGAGAGAAACCUUACAAAUGUAAUGUAUGUGAUAAGGCUUUUACCCGAAAAUCAGAUCUUUUGAAACAUCAACAAAUUCAUAGUGGAGAGAAACCUUACAAAUGUAAAGGAUGUGGCAAAGCCUUUAUCUACAGAUCACAACUUGUGCAACAUCAGCAAAUUCACAGUGGAGAGAAACCUUACCAGUGUAACGAAUGUGCUAAGGCAUUUAUCCGAAAAUUAAGUCUAGUUGAACAUCAGCGAAUUCACAGUGGAGAGAAACCAUACCAGUGUAAUAAAUGUUGUAAGGCUUUUACCCGAAAGUCAGUCCUUAUUAAUCAUCAGAGAACUCAUUCUGUUCAGAGACCUUACAAAUGUCAAGAAUGUGGCAAAACCUUUAACUGGGGCUCAAGCCUCACUAAACAUCAGAGAAUCCAUACUGGGGAGAAACCAUAUAAAUGUAAUAUAUGUGGCAAGGUCUUUAGUCGAUGUUCAGGCCUCACACGUCACCAGAAAAUUCACAGUAGAGAGAAACCUUACCAAUGUAUUGAAUGUGGUAAGGCUUUUUCCCAAAGAUCAAAUCUUGUGCAACAUCACCUAAUUCAUAGUGGAGAGAAACCUUACCAGUGUAAUGAAUGUGAUAAGGCUUUUACUCGAAAAUCAGAUCUUUUGAAACACCAACAAAUUCACAAUGGAGAGAAACCUUACCAAUGCAAUGAAUGCAAUAAAGCUUUUUACCAAAGAUCAAAUCUUGUGAUACAUCAGCGAAUUCAUAGUGGAGAGAAGCCUUACCAGUGUAAUGAAUGUGCUAAGGCAUUUAUCCGAAAAUUGAGUCUAGUUGAACAUCAACGAAUUCAUAGUGGAGAGCAACCUUACCGAUGUAAUGAAUGUGGUAUGGCAUUUACCCGAAAGUUGAGUCUAGUUGAACAUCAGCGAAUUCAUAGUGGAGAGAAACCUUACCAGUGUAAUGAAUGUGGCAAGGCUUUUAUGUUCAGAUCAAGUCUUGUGCAACAUCAGCAAAUUCACAGUGGAGAGAGACCUUACCAGUGUAAUAAAUGUUGUAAGGCUUUUAUCCGAAGGUCAUUCCUUGUUAAUCAUCAGAGAAUUCAUUUUGUUCAGAGACCUUACAAAUGUCAUGAAUGUGAAAAAACCUUUACAUGGUGCUCUGACCUCACUAAACAUCAGAAAAUCCAUACUGGGGAGAAACCAUAUAAAUGUAAUAUAUGUGGCAAAGUCUUCAGUCGACGUUCAGGCCUUACACGUCACCAGAAAAUUCAUAGUAGAGAGAAACCUUACCAAUGUAUUGAAUGCACUAAGGCUUUUUCCCAAAGAACAAUUCUUGUGCAGCAUCAUCAAAUUCACAGUGGAGAGAAACCUUUCAGUGUAAUGAAGUGUCAAGGAUUUUCCCUGAAAAUAAUAUCUUUUGAAACAUCAGCAAAUUCACAGUGGAGAGAAACCUUACCAUUGUAAUGAAUGUGGGAAGGCAUUUAUUCAAACAUUAAGUCUAAUCAAACAUCAGUGAAUUCAUAGUGGAGAGAAAGCAUACAAAUGUAAUAAAUGUCAGGAAGUCUUUAAUUGAGACUCAAAUGGCACUAGACAUUAGAGAAUCCAUACUAUAUAAAAACCACAUAAAUGUGAUGUGUGUGACGGGGUUUAGUAAUCCUAAAAGCCUUAGAGAACAACAGGCUAUGCAUUCUGUCCAGAGACUUUACAAAUGUAAUGAGUGUAACAAAGGCAUUAACACUCAUUCAGCCCUCAUUAGACAUCAGAGAAUCCAUACUAGAGAGAAAUCCUAUAAAUGUAAUCUGGCAAGUUCAAUACUCAUAGCACAAAUCUUAAAAUUCAUCUAAGAAUCCAUACCAGAGAGAAACUUUGCAAAUGCAGUGAAUGUGGCAAGACUUUUAUCUGUGCUUCAAGCCUUGUUGAACAUCAGGUAAUUCAAACUGGAGAGAAACCAUACAAAUGUAAUGGAUGUGGCUGAGUUUUUAUCACAUUUUUUCACCUUUGGGAUCAUAAGAAAAUUCAUACUGGAGAGAAACCUUAAAAAUGUAGUGAAUUUGGCAAGGCUUUUAGCAGCCUCGGUCCAUCAGGGUCAUGAGAGAAUUCAUAUUGAAGACAAAAAAAUUACAAAUAUUAAGUAAUGAGUAAAGGAAAUUCUUGGCUCAAAUCUCACAUCACAGAAUCCACAGUAGAGAGAAAUUGUGUACAUUUAAUAUAUGUGGCAAGGUAUUUAGUGAAGGAAAAAGUUUUACAAUUCAUCACAUAAUUCACAUUGAAGAGAAAUCUUAGAAAUGUUAUUAAUGUAGGCUUUUGCACAAAGAUUAAAACUUGUCGAAUAUCAGGCGAUUCAUACUGGAGAGAAACUUUACUCGUAAUGAAUUUGGUAUGGCUUCCAAUCAGAGUUCAUGCUUUGUGGAACAUCAGAAUUCAUACUAGAAAGAAACAUUACAGUUUAAUAAGUGGCAAAGCCUUAAGUGGGCCUUAUUCCUCACUAUACCGAGAAUAGUGAGGGAAGCCUUAUAAAUGCCCUGUAUAUGGCAAGGUCGUUACUCAAAAUUCACAGCAUGAAAAUUAUCUGAAAGUUUAUGCUGGAGAGAAACCUUACAACUAUAUGUGGUAAGGUUUUUAUCAAACAUUGGAGGUCUAGAGACUAUUCAUACUGGAGAGAAACUGUAAAAAUGUAACGAAUGAGGUACAUCUUUUUAACUGAUUCUCAUAAUGGACUACACGUCAGAAUUCACACUAAGUCUAUCGUCCUCAAAGAUCAAGCAACUUCAGAUGUUACAUUCUGUGUAAGGUCAAGACCUGUUAAAACUUACGAUGUUUGUGAAGGAGCAAAGACAUUAGUAUAAAGGUCCACUUAUCUUCGGUAAAUGAAAGAUUGUUCAGUUAUAUGAGGGUUCUUGAAAAGACUACAUUACUAUUCAUGACUGUGGUGUGGUGGAUCGCUUUUAUAUGGCCAUUCUUGCCAUGGUCUUCUAACUCCACCAAAUGACUGGGUGGGACUAUGCAAAUGAGGUACUUGUGGCCCACCAAGGGGAUUGGAUAGCUUGGUAAUAAUGCAAAUAUGGUGCAUGGCACCUUUGUGGUAGACCCAUGCAAAUAAAGGAUAUGGAACCUUAAUGAGGGUAUUGGUUAGUUUUGCUAUCAGCUAGGCUUCAAAGGGAGCCAAUCCUAGAGCAGAGGGGGGAACCUCACUACCACCAAGAAGAAUUGGGACUGGAGCAUAUCCUUUGGACCUGGAGUCUCCCUGCACUGCAAACCUCCUAGACCCAGGAGACAGAGAGUUUAACAACAGAUAUGGUGAGAAGUGGUGGUACAGACGCGGCAGCAGCAGAACCAGGAGACAGCAUGGUGGGCUUCACAGCCUACAGCACAAGGUGACUACAGUAGGUGUGGUGAUCCACAGAGCAAGAGAGUUCAGCACCUUUGGGCAGGUGGCUUAUUGGCUGAGUGGAAUGCCUACUGGCACUUGGCAAAGCUAGGCUUGCUGACCCACAGUGCUAGAGAGCUGAGUGCCUUUGGGUCAAGGCUUACUGGUGGAGUGGGUACCUCUAGGCACUUAUUGGUGGACAUAAAGAUCCCUGUAAUACUUAGAUGAGCAGGGUAGAGGCUGGGCUGGCCUGAGGGGCUGAGGGCCAAGAGUCCAAGGGCAAUGAAGAGGCCUGCCUGUGGGAAUUACUAAGAAGCUGUCAUGACCAAAGAACUAUAUCCUGAGUUUUUUCUAAUCCUGAAUUGUAACCGGUUACUUCCCUAACAAACCCUGUAAUUGUGAGUAUUAUCUGUGAGUUGUGUGUGGCCAUUGCAAUGAACUGUCAAA